GCUCUCGUUACUAUCGUUGCCGUUGGGUCAUCUAAUCGCCUCUGAAAUUAUCGUCUGGCCAGUGCAGAGUGACGAAACUCCCUCUAUCUAUCUAUCUCUCUCUGCCUCCGAUUUUCUGGUCUUUCUGUUUUAUCUGGAUUUUUCGAGGAUCGUUUACCGGUAUUUUCUCGCGAGUCUCUUUUGAAUCCGUUUCCGAUCGGUAUCCAGCGUGCUAGUCGGUUCUGUCAGCCGCGCUGAUCGCUAUCCCGGCGGCUGGCUGGUCAAGGUGAACGUCGCUGACGGGAGAGGAGGACGACGAGCGUCGCGCGAUCAUCGUGCCGCUCGUGACCGACACGGAGAGAUCUCGGCUUCGAUGAUCGCUCGAUCGGCUGAUCCUGCUGCACGUGAAUCACCGCUUCCAUCCGACUGUCUGGCACGUCGAAACGUUCGACGCACGACGAUCGACCAUGCGUGCGAUCGCGACCGAGUCCGAGAGUGGCGGACACGCGAGACGCCGACCGAAUCAGUGACCAGUUGCUUCGACGCUCGAUCCUGUGCCAAUUCGGAGGAUACGAACGUUGCUCGUGCUCGAACGUUUACCGGACUCUCGGAGUGUUCAAAGACUCGAUUACCCUCGAACGCGAUCUCGUCGAUUCUAAAUUACGAGCCUUCGCGUCUUUGCGCGCCAAAUCGCUUUCGACUAUCGCGAACGGUGUUCGAGUGUUCGAUUUAAAUAUCCGCGCUCUUUGUUCGAGAAUACCUAGAGUCGCCGACUCCGCGGAUGGAAGACUGACGAUUUUAUUUUAGUCUCGUUCGCGCGUCGCGUACGUUUAUCGAAUUUACCCCGCGAACGAGUGUCGACUCUCGCGGAAGGUGUUCGAGUGUUAUUCCAUUUAAAUAUCCGUUCAUCUCACGGUCGACGAUUUUUCGAAGAAUCGACGCGAGUAUUUUCCCUCGACUCGAUCGUAGAGCCUCGAUUCGAUUUAAAUAUACGUCGAGCGUGUUCUUUAUUCGAACGCCGCGUCGCCGACUCCGCGGGACCUUGAAGGCCGACGAUUCCCAAACUCGUCAAGCGCGAUCGUCUCGAACGUCUUCUGUUCGGACGAUUAACCGGCUCGAAGCGAAGGCUCGUGGUUAAAAAAAUCCUUUACUCCAUUAUGCCGACGAGAAGAUAAGUGAACGUUGAGAACAUUCGGAACGUCCAAGUGUCUCGUGCAGCGCUUCUCGCACCUGUGCAAAGGAAUCUGUUCGCGGCGAAAGUAAAGUGAUUCGGUUGUUUUCGUUCCUCGAAAGCCGUCGAUUCGUAAUCUAGUUUCGUGCAGAAAAAGGAGAAAAAGAGAGAGAGAGGGAAAGAGAGAGAGAAAGCAGCUAUCGGACUGGCAAGAGUGAACGUUAUCUCUGCUGUAGGUUUAUCGCGAUAUUCCUCUUUGGCUUGGUCGUCAUCGUCGUCAUCGGAACAGGAUCAUUUUCGUCGGUUGACAUGACGAGGAUAUCGGCGUCGAUCGGUGAUCUCGGAUCGUUAUUGGACGGUAUAAAGUUAAUCGCGACGAAUAAAACGAUCGAUUCUCGUUUAGCCACGUUAACCCGGCUUUCCAGCUUGGACCAGCACUGCUACAAAUGAUUGGUCUGUGGAACUUUGCAUAUUUCAGAGAUACUGGCGCGCCCUACGUAUUGUACAAGGACAACAUGGAGAGACCCCAGGGGCAAUGGGGCCCCGGGCCGGGAUCUCUCCAGGACGGGGGACUGUAUCCGCAGCAACAGCAGCAGCAGCAACAGCAGGGCUCCUCCUCGUCCGGCAGUCCACAGCAGGCCUGUGGUCCUCCCGUCGAAGGAGAAAGCGGUCCCCCGCCUUCGUUGGCCUCUCCAGUGCCCUCGCCGUACCCCUCGGCACCGCCUGAGCCUCAAGCCUUAACCCCACCCGACGACGAUAUACAAUCGAGCCAAGCCACCUCGCAACAGCAGCAGCAACAACAACAACAGCAACAGCAGCAGACGCAACAGCAAGUGCAACAGCAGCAGCAGCAGCAGCAACAGCAGCAGCAGCAACAACAACAGCAGCAGCAGCAGGUUCAGCAGCAGCAGCAACAGCAACAGCAACAACAGCAGACGCAGCAGCAGGAUCAUUCGCCUCAGCAACAACUGACGCCGCACGAAGUGGACCGCGCGGACUGUUUCCCUGGCGCCGGGGAGCUGCAGCAGUACCCGCAGCACUAUUUCAAAGAGGCGAGGCCGCAUCCGUCGCCAUCGGUGCCCCCGCACAUGCUCACGCCCGGCGGCUUUUCCGCGUUGCACUAUCUGAAGCAACCGGGCGUGAUGCUGACGUCCCUCGGGCAAGGGGACGGCGGGCCCAGCCUGGAUCCGCAUCAGUACGCGAGCCCCGGGGCACCGAACAUGACCACCGGUCUGCCCGAUAUCGUUCAGCAGAGCGGCAAGUCGGGCAAGGGGGCGAACAGCGAUCUACGUUUGUUCAAGUGUCUGACGUGUGGGAAAGACUUUAAACAGAAGUCGACGUUGCUGCAACACGAGCGGAUCCACACGGACAGUCGGCCGUACGGGUGUCCAGAGUGCGGGAAGCGGUUCAGGCAACAAUCGCAUCUAACGCAGCACCUUCGCAUACACGCGAACGAGAAGCCGUACGCUUGCGUGUACUGCGAGCGUACGUUCCGGCAGCGUGCCAUCCUCAACCAGCAUCUGCGCAUCCACUCGGGUGAGAAGCCAUACCAAUGUCCGGAGUGCGGAAAACACUUCCGUCAGAAGGCGAUCCUGAAUCAGCACGUCCGCACACACCAAGACGUGAGCCCGCAUCUGAUCUUCAAGAACGGGAUGACGCCGACGCUCUGGCCGCAGGACGUGCCGUUUCCGCCCGAGGAGGGCAAAGAGGAAGUGGCGUCGACGUUCGGCGACACGGACACCCAAUCGGGCGCGUUCAGCCCGGCCCCGGACGCUAAUUCCAUCCAGUAUCCCGCGUACUUCAAGGACCCGAAGGGCGGUAAUCACGCGGUGUUCGGUCCCGGGGGCACGGGCAGCUUCGGCGCCCUUCAGUACAUCAAGCAACAGGGCGGCACCAAGAGCUGUUUACCGGACGUGAUACAACACGGUCGCUCGGCGGGGAUGCCGUUGUACGUCCGAUGUCCGAUCUGUCAGAAGGAGUUCAAGCAAAAGUCGACGUUGUUGCAGCACGGUUGCAUACACAUCGAGUCGAGACCGUACCCCUGUCCGGAAUGCGGCAAGAGGUUCAGGCAACAGUCGCAUCUGACCCAGCACCUCCGCAUCCACACGAACGAAAAGCCGUACGGCUGCGUGUACUGCGGACGCAAUUUCCGCCAACGUACCAUCCUGAACCAGCAUCUGCGCAUCCACACGGGCGAGAAACCGUACAAGUGUCAACAGUGCGGCAAAGAUUUCCGUCAGAAGGCGAUACUGGACCAGCACACGCGCACCCAUCAAGGCGACCGACCGUUUUGCUGCCCCAUGCCCAACUGCAGGCGGCGAUUCGCCACCGAGCCCGAGGUGAAGAAGCACAUCGACAACCACAUGAACCCGCACGCGGCCAAAGUGCGCAGGAAUUCGAGCAGCGACUCGAAACCGCCCGGCACGCCNNGGCUGGGCCCGGUGCCGGUCCCUAGGGGUCUCACGCCGACGGUCGUCAAGCCGGAGCUCUACUUCCCGCAGUGUUACGCGCCCGCGUUCAAUCAUCAGCCCCCGGUAUCGACGGCGCAGUUCCCGGCCCAAGCGAACGGAGUGACCGUCGCCGGCGAGUUCAAACCACCGACUGGUCUGCCGCCGCAGUGACUAACCGUCCAUCCUGCCGCCUACUAGCAAGCAGGAAUACCGCUGAGGUUUCAGCGAUGCUUCGGUCACGCGUUACAGACCGACGCUACGU